AUGGCGUACAACAGAAUGAGCAUCAUACCCCAGCAGCAACAACAACAGUCGCGCUUGCGCAAAAAGGAGGACGAGGCCGACGCGUUCAUGCGCUUGCCCGACAGCGAAAUCGUCGGCUGCAUCACAGAAAUUGGCAUCAACUUUAGCAUCGCCGACUUGCAAAAACCGAACCCCGCCCAUGUUCAGCAAAUUUUUGAAUGGUUUGCGGAACUGCUCCUUAAUGCGACACGCGAAACGGUCGACCCGGCCAUGCGCGCCGCCGCCCAAGACGUCUGUGGCGAGUUUGCCGACGUAAUCCCCCCCGACACACGCAAUCUCAUGGGAUUUUACGUGUCGUUGCGACGUCUCCUUCUCGAGUGCGGUGUCACAGACCUCUCCUUCAACGAUCUCUACAAACCGACAUAUGAACGACUCGUCAAGAUCUUUAGCUACCUCAUCAACUUUGUCCGCUUCCGCGAGUCGCAGACAUCGGUGGUGGAUCAACACUACAAUAAGUCAGAGGCUAUCAAGACGCGUAUCGAGUCGCUGUAUGCGGACAAUAAGGAUAACAACGCCCGGCUGGAGGAUAUGCGACACCGCCGCAAAGUCAUGCAAGCGCAGGUCGCCGAGAAGACGGCGCGGAACGAAGAUCUCAAGCAGCGACUGCUCGAAUUGCGGCGGAGCCAGGAGCGCGUGGCCGCCCGCCUCGACGAGGCCAAGCAGCGCAAGACGGAGCUAACGGGCGUCCUGGAGCAAAAGACGCAAGAAAAGCUGACCCUGCGACACGAGAGCGCCAAGCUGCGCCCCUACGUGCUCCAGAGUCCCGCCUCGCUGCAGGACCACCUCGCCGAGCUGCGCGAGAUUCUCAACAACGACAAGGCGCACAUUGACGCCUUGGAACGGCGCGCGCGCGCGCUGCAGACGUCGUCGGACUCGUUCAGCACCGUAUCAGUAGACGUGGAGGCGUGCGUCAAGGUGCUCGAGGAGAUUGCCGCGGAGCUGGCCAAGGAGGAGGAGGAGCUGGGGCGCUACGCCAAGCAAAAGGAUCUGCUCACGGAGCGCGGCCACAAUGCGCGCGAGGUGGACCGCACCGAGACCAUGCUGAAGCGCCAGCUGGACAAGUGGCACGACCGCACGGCGCGGCUACGCGAGCAGGCCGAGCACAAGGCGGCCGAGGCGCACGACCGCGUGCUCGAGCUGCGCGCCGUCCACGCCCAGCUGACGCAGGAGCAGGUGGACAAGGGCAAGGACAUGACGGUCCGCCGCGUGCGCAUCGAGCAAAAGAGAAAGGAGAUGCUGGAUCUCAAGGAGGCGAUUGAGAAGGAGGUGCACGCCGCGCACGACGAGUACCUCAAGAUGGAGUCGCACAUCAAGCUGUACAUGACGGAGAUGGAGCAGGCCAUCAUGUAG